AUGAAAGCUUGGCUCGAGGCUGGCAAUGCUGAGGCGCCCUUUAUAGAGGGAGUGAAGCAAUACUUUGCACUGGAUCAGCCUAAAAAUGGACUCAAACAUCUAAGGUUCUCAACCAAGAACAACCAGGGGCAGACCCACCUUGUGACUAGUGGGGAUAACAUGAAAAAGUCAUGGCAUGUAUGGCCCUCUUCAAUUGGCGUACAAACAUGUUAUCAGUCUACCGAUGUUGGAGAAAACUGGAACGUAGCUUGCGAAAUGUCCUGA